GUCCCCACGGGCCUCCCAACGUCAGUGUGGUUGCGGCUCUGUGAGCGCUCAGCGGCGGGAGCGGCCUGCGCGUAGAGAACUGAACAGCAAUGCCUCCUUGUGUAACUGUUCUGAUUAUUGGAGCGGGAUGUCGGGGGAAACACUAUUCUUACUUUGCUGCGCAUUUUCCCAGUCGAAUGAAGGUAGUUGGAGUUGCUGAUCCUCGUACUUUUGCUAGAAAUGACCUUCAGAAGAUUCACAGCAUUGACAAGAAAAAUGUAUUUAAUGACUGGAAAGCAGCCAUGGAGAGAGAGAGGUUUGCAGAUGCUGUUGUAAUAGCAACACCAGAUAGACUGCAUAAGGCUCCAGCAAUAGCUUUUGCUAACAAAGGCUACCAUAUUUUGUUGGAAAAGCCCAUGGCAGUAACACCCGAGGACUGCAAAGAGAUUGUGUCUGUCUGUAAAGUGAACAAAGUCAUGCUUGCUGUGUGCCAUGUCUUGCGGUACUAUCCAGCCUCACUGAAGAUAAAGGAGCUAAUAGAUGCUGGAGCAAUUGGAGACAUCUGCCACAUACAGCAUCUGGAACCCGUUGGAUUCUGGCAUUUUGCCCACUCGUUUGUGAGAGGAAAUUGGAGGAACGAAGCAGAAAGUACAUUUUCUUUGUUAGCGAAAUCCUGCCAUGACAUCGACCUCAUUAAUUUUUGGAUGGGUGAUAAAAGGUGCUUAAAGGUGUCAUCUUUUGGCAGUCUUUCUCAUUUUACUAAUGAGCAUAAGCCCAGAGGAGCUGCCAGUCGGUGUUUAGACUGUUCAGUUGAACAAACUUGUCCAUAUUCAGCCAAGAAGAUUUAUCUGCAGCAUGCAGAGAAGGGUUAUUUUAAUUGGCCAGUAUCUGUUGUGUGCAUUAGUGGUGUUUGUGACAUAGAAUCUGUGGUAGAGGCCCUACAGAGUGGUCCAUAUGGAAGAUGUGUUUAUGAAUGUGACAAUGAUGUUGUCAGUAACCAGGUUGUUAACAUGGAAUUUGAAGGAGGAGCAACAGCUGCUUUUACUAUGAUGGCUUUUACAGAGCAGCUUGGAACACGGAAAACCACAGUGUAUGGGACCAAGGGAGAAUUAUUCUGUGAUGGUGCAGGACCAGUGGAAGUUUUUGACUUUUGCACAAGAAAGAAAACUAUUCAUCCAACGAAAAAAUCCACAGUCAUUCCAAGCCACUUAAUGGGACAUGAUGGAGCUGACUACUAUCUGAUGGACAGCUUUAUCUCCGCUUUAGCUGAGAAUAAACCAUCCCUCAUUCAGACUGGCCCAGAAGCAACCCUGCAGACCCACCUCCUUGUAUUUGAAGCUGAGAAAUCCAGGAAAGAAAAUCGUGUUGUGUUUUUAGAACCUAGAAAGGAACACUUCCCAAAGGCUACAUAUAAAUGAACUUUUAACUUGGCUCUUCUUAUAUUUGCAGAGACAAAUUAAAAAAUGGUCCCAGUUACCUGGGAAAUAAUUUGUCUUGUUUAUGCUAAUCUGAAAUAUAUCUGGGGAUAGGCACUAUAGAAAAUCAGAUUUUGCAUACUACAAAUCUAUAAAAUGCGAAGCAUUUGUUUAUAGGAUUUUCUACAUCUUUUCAUUAAUUUUUUGGAUAUAGAAAAAUAUUGAAAAUCAUCUUCAGUAUUGUGGCUAUCCUGGCUUCCUUUAAAAGACACACAACUUAUUUUUCCAGUAGCGCUUCAGACUAACUUGGCUACCUCCUGAAGCUUCUUAACCGUUAAGAAAAAAACAACAAAAUGAUCUGGUAGCACUUUAUAAACUAAGGAAACCUGUAGAUGGUAUC